CUCGAACAGGCAGAUGUGUGGUGCCAGCCGCAGGGGCAGGCACGCGGGCCCUGGAUCAGGGGUGCGCCGCUACCCCUGCCGGUCUGGGGCCACUACGAGACGCCAGCCCUGACCGUAGAUACGGUCGAACAGUACGAGGAACUAGCAAGCAGCGUUGAACUUGAAACUCAGCGAUUGCUCCGCGAGCGUCGUUACGACACGGUCGACAAUGUCUUGAGGUUCUACAGGGACUUCAAGAAGAGCGGAGAGAGCAAUUUGGAGCACUUCUACCGUAAAUACCAACCCCUCAUUGUCAACGAGCGUCACACAUGCGUCGGUCUCGGCUUCGAGCUUCUGCGCCGACUCUGCGGCCUGAACAAGCGUUUCCCAGGCCUGGCCUCGGGCCUCUAUCUGGUGUCCUGCGAGGAGACGAUAGGCGACAUCGCUAGCUAUGUCGGUGGCCCCCCAGCUGCCGACUCCGGCGAGAAGGAACACGUCCUCGUCUGCCUCAAGAUCGAGAUCAACAAUCGCCGUGGUAUCAUGCUACUCGAUCCGGGCUACCACGUCGCCCGGGUAAUCACCGUCAUGGCGGACAAACAGUAUCCCCAUACCGGCUGGUUCACCCAGAGCGACGAGCCCGAGGGCAAGAAGGAAUACAACUACACGCUGUGCCAGAACGAUCCCGACUACGUCGAGUGGCACGAGAGGAAGACUCGUCCCAGUGCCUUAGAGCGUAGCCAAGUCGCUCUCAUUUACGUGGCAAGGCCAUACCUAACUGCCAUCGACGUCACCGAGCGUCGUAACUUGGUCUAUAACUACAGGAGUCUACUGGCCAGGGAUUUCAAGGGACACCUAGUCGCUGGUAUCUACUUCCAGGCCACGCUCGACCAGCCGGCCUUCAAUAUCUUUCAUCAGACCAACCGGGCCAAGAAGCGCAUGAGAAUACCGUUCAGCAAGUUUUAUGACCUCAAUAAGCUCGAGCUCGACAAUGAAGAAACGGAAAUGAUUGGGGAGUGCUCACGUCAGAUGGGCAUGUCGCAAGAGAACCUUAAGGGACUGCUCUCCGCACUGGCAACAGUUUUGUACGACACGUCGUUCACUAAGCAACUACUUACCAUCAACGCUAAGAUCAACACCCUGGCGAAAGAUAAUUAACACACGUUUACGCACCCUGAAUCCGGGUGUAAAGAGAACGUCGUCAUACCUUAUUAUCUUUUCUUUGCUAGCUUUCCUCUUACUUUUAUUUUCUAUUAUUUGCUGCGAUUUUUAAUAUUCUUUUUUCUUAUUCAAUUUUUAUCACUGGUGCAAGGGAACAUGUACUAAAUCACUACUUUAAUGUAUUGUAUUCGCUCGUCUCAUCGUUUUUUAUUUUUUGUUUAUUAUUUAUUCAAAGGUAUCGAAACGUUACGAUAUGGCUUGAAGAAAAUUUGGAUAGAACUUGUAUGGGAAGGACAAUAGUUCAUUCGAAACUUGACGAUGUACUUUGACUGCAAUUUUCUUUCAAGCUUGAGUAACUCUAGUUUUUAGGUGACACGGGAUAUUUUUUUCUUUAGAUUACUAUUAUUAUUAUUAUUAUUAUUAUUAUACUUCAUGUUCCACACUUACGCUUUUUAUAAUUUUGACUGAAGGUAAACACAUGUGAACUUUAUUUUAUUGAAAUAAAUUUCAAAGAAAAAAUUCAAA